GACGGGAUUGUAGUUCUUUUCGGUACAGUUCUAUUGGUGGAAUCCAGAGAGUAAACUACAGGUUCCAUAAUUCCGUGCGGUGAGCAGGAGGGAGGUAUGUUUAAAGAUAACGCAUGCAGGAUGAAGCGCCACGGAAAGGGUGACAGUGAGAAGGAAGUCAAGAGGCAAAAGCUUCUUGAACGGAUUGGUGAUACAAAGCUUCCAUUUGUUACUCCAAAAGAUGACACCUUCUAUGAGCUGUGGAAGUCCAAGUAUGCAAAAUUAGUUAUCCACGAAGCUCAAAAAACUCCAGCAGAGCUACAUCAUAAUGUCCAGAAGGCAUUGUUAUUAUUACUUCAACAUGGCUGUCUGUUUCAAGAUCUUGUGCAGGUGAAAGGUAAAGACCUGCUUACUCCAGUUUCCCGCAUUCUGAUUGGCCAACCAGGAUGCACGUACAGAUACUUAAACACACGGUUGUUUGCUGUGCCCUGGCCUGAUGCUAAAUACAAUAUCACAUACAGCACAGAAGAACUUGCAGAUGCCUGCAAAGCUUUCAAAGAACUGAAUGCAUUUCUUUAUGAACAGACAAAACAUAAAUUACUCCAGUGUGUUGCAAAUGCACCAGGUGCCAGUGUUUUACCCCAACAGAUACCCCUGGAAAAUGAUAACAAAACAAAUCAAGAUGAUUUAGAAUCUUAUAAUGUGACCUUGAUAAACUACAUGAACCCACAUAACAUGUUCUACCUUAAGGAGGAACCAUAUUUUGGUAUGGGGAAAAUGGCAGUGAGCUGGCACCAUGAUGAAAAUCUACUAGAGGAAUCUACUGUUGCAGUCUACAGUUACAGUUACCAAGAUUGUGCUGAUGAAAUAUUUGAAGAUAAGAAAGCCUUAUCUAAUUGGCAUGUCGGUUUGAAGAUAGCCUGGGACAUUGAAACUCCAGGCCUUGCUUUACCUUUAAAUUCUGGAGAUACUUACUUCAUGCUAGGUGACCUGAAUAAAACCCACCAGCACUGUGUGAUUGCUGGAUCACAGCCUCGUUUCAGCUCCACGCAUAGAGUAGCUGAGUGUUCUAAAGGUACUCUAAAUUAUAUAGAAUUAAGAUGUAAAACUGCACUUGAGAAUCUUGUGGUGAUUCCCAGUACUGGGGAAAAAAUGUUGAAGUCAAUGGAAGGGGACAUUUUAAAGCUAGCAGAGGAGAUUCACAAUGAGGUUGAAUUUGAAUGGUUGCGCCAAUUCUGGUUUCAAGGACAGCGAUACGCUAAAUGCAGCAAUUUCUGGAUAAAAGCAAUGGCUGAUCUAGAAGAUGAUUGGAGACAGAUGGAAACUAUGACAAGCCUUAUGCUAAAAGAACUUCUAAAACCGACUUGGACGCAACAGAACAAGGGCAAUAUAGCGAAGACCAUCUUUCCAUUACUUUCUGAAAGGCAGGACCUACGACAUGAGUGGAGAGAAAGGUGCAGAUGCAGAUCAGCAAAGUCAUUACCUGUGGACCAGAGGCCUCAGUGCUAUCCAUUUUGGGAAGAAGACGAUUCAUCUUUUCCAAUGCCUUUUGAUCUGAGCAAAACAUUGUCAGAACUAGAAGACCUAAGCAAAGAAAUGGACUUCUAAAAAUACUGGUCCAAGUCCCAGAUAUUUUAUUUUAACAAGCAAACAAUGUUACUGUGUAGUAAAAUAUAGUGUAUGACAAGCCUGAUAAGUAGUGCUUUUAAAAAUAUUGCUGUAUGAGGGAACUAGUACAGCUUUUUUUUUUACUGGCUUCAACUAUUUUGUAGAAUUCUUUUUUUUUUUACAAUGUGGUUUAUUUUCACAAAUUCCAAAUAAAACACAUAGACUAUGCCAAUUUAAAGGAUAUGUGGCCCACAUAUUAAGCCCUGACUAUUGAAACGUUACCUUUA